AUGGAGAAACACACUUCUGUCAAUCUUGAUAAACUUCUGGAGGAUUAUUCACAGAUCGAGAAGAAAUUUGUAGAGGUUAAUGGAAAGAAUAACCUACUCGAGAUUCAGCUGGAGCGAACAAACAGAUUGGGGAAAAUAAGCCAGGCAAAAGAACAGAGUUCUGCGGAAGAGUGUGCAGCAUUACAGAAUACGAUAAAAGGGCUGCAGGAGACACUGGAAGCACAAUGUAACAUGAAAGAUGAAAACUGCAGUCUAAAGAAGACUAUAAAUACCUUAGAGGAGAAACUACAAGAUGUUACACAGGAAAACAAGAACAAGAUUGAGCUGUUAACAAAAGACAUGAGAGCCAAGGAGGAAGAGUUCAAGGCACAGAUGGAGAAGAAGUGUUGUGAGGUGGAGUCCCAAUUAUUGCUUAAAGAAGAGGAAAAAAGGAACCUGCUUUCUAAGAAGGAGAUGGAAAUAUCUGCGCUAAACCGACAAUUGCAAACUCAAGAGAAAGAAAAGCAAAGUGAGCUGAUCAGACAGCAAAUAGAGUUUAAUGCCAAGCUGGCAAGAAUACAAAACAGAAAUAACAAAUCUCACCAAGAAACAGGCACCUUAUCACAGAACAUCUACAGAAUGAAACUGCAGCAUUUGCAAGAAGAAAAGACCAAAGAAAUUGAAAACCUCCUAAGCACAAUCAAGGAAUUAGAGAGAAGACUCGGCAGUGGAUCAGACUCACGCUUAAAGAGGAAACGCUUUUAA